AACAGUUGUGACACCUCCCUACGAAGGCACUGAUGGCAUAGACAGUAUAUAAAGAUAUGGAGUUCAUUGCAACUUCUCUUUCUCUUGCAAAAACAUUUUCAUUUUCUCUGAGAAAGACCGGCUUUGCUUAUUUCUUUUGGCUUUCUCCUCUUCGUUGGUGUACAAGAUUUCCCCCAUUGACAAAUCAGUGGGAAAAAGGUUUUUUCAUUUGCAAAAUGGCUCCUCCUAAAAAAUCAAAGAAAAGCAAGAAAGCAUCAAAGAAAUUGAAGAAGAAGAAGAAAUUUAAAAACAAAAGCAAAAACGUAAGCGUAGUCCCAAUCGACCCCAAUGCUAUUGACUCCGAUUGGUGGGACAAUUUCUGGCGCAAGAAUUCUUCAUCUUCAGAUGCUUCAAUACCAUGUGAUGAGGAAGAAGCAUUCAAGUAUUUCUUCAGAGUCUCAAAAAAGACUUUUGAAUACAUCUGUUCCCUAGUGAGGGAAGAUCUUAUUUCAAGACCACCAUCAGGUCUCAUCAACAUUGAGGGAAGGCUUCUUAGUGUUGAGAAACAGGUGGCAAUUGCUUUGAGAAGGUUGGCAUCCGGUGAGUCUCAAGUCUCAGUUGGGGCUGCCUUUGGAGUUGGCCAAUCAACCGUGUCUCAAGUUACCUGGAGAUUCAUUGAAGCAUUGGAAGAACGAGCCAGGCACCAUCUUAAGUGGCCUGAUUCCAAUAGAAUGGAGGAUAUUAAAUCCAGAUUUGAAGCAUUGUUUGGGUUGCCAAAUUGCUGUGGAGCUAUUGAUGCAACACACAUCAUUAUGACCCUUCCGGCAGUCGAAACCUCAGAUCAUUGGUGCGACCAAGAGAAUAAUUAUAGCAUGUUCUUGCAGGGGGUUGUCGACCAUGAGAUGAGAUUUCUUGAUAUUGUGACAGGUUGGCCAGGGGGAAUGACAGUGUCGAGACUAUUGAAGUGUUCAGGGUUUUUUAAACGAUGCGAGAGUGGAGAAUGUUUGAAUGGGAAAUUAAGAAAAUUGUCUGAAGGAAUGGAGAUAAGAGAAUAUAUUGUUGGUGGGGUUUGCUAUCCUCUUCUUCCAUGGCUGAUAACUCCUGAUGGAAGUGAUGAACACUCGGAUCCACUGUCUAACUUCAAUACAAUGCAUGCGGUGGCAAGGAUGCUUGCGGUGAAGUCAUUCUUACAGCUAAAAGGCAGUUGGAGAAUCCUUAACAAGGUCAUGUGGAGACCAGAUAAGAGGAAGCUACCGAGUAUUAUCCUGGUAUGCUGUUUACUUCACAAUAUUAUAAUUGACAAUGGAGAUCAAUUGCAUCCUGAUGUUGCUUUGUCUGGUCAUCAUGACUCUGGUUAUGGAGAACAGUUCUGUAAGCAAAUUGAUCCAUUGGGAAGAACCUUGAGAGAGAAUCUAGCAAAAUAUUUGCAGCAUAUGAAAGAGAGAUCUCUAUCAAAGUAGUCAAAUUUCUCACUUUUAAUUCAAAGAUUAUUUUUGUGGUAUUGUGGACGCUCUCAACUGUAACCAGUAUCGCAUAAAUUUACAAUUGUUGGCGAAAUUAAUGAGAUAUGGGAAACACAGUAUUUCUGUA